GCUCGCCAUUCUUGAAAACACGAAGUGUCAGCCAUGAAAUACCAGGCACCGAAUGAGAAAGCGGAUAUAUCGCUGGGUCAGGAUGGAGACCCUGUCCAUCCCCGGCCUACGUUGGACACUCUGGAUCCAUUGAAUUGGUCUCGGCUCCAAAAGGGCACCAUUCUCGGCAUCGUGAUGCUCAAAUAUUUCCUUUUUACCUACAUAACCACCACUACCGUUCCUUCGUUCCCCGAAAUCCAGUCUGCGUUUGCCAUAAACUAUGCCCAAGUUAAUUGGACUGUCGCUAUUCCAGCACUGGGGCUAUCGGUAGGGCCGUUGUUCUGGUCUUCUCUCAGCGAGAUAUACGGCCGUCGAACUAUCUUCAUCGUCGGCACAACUAUUGCAUUAGUCUCAACGAUUGGGGCGGCAGUAGCUGAUCGGUAUGACGGGUAUAUGACUGCUCGUUUUUUUCAGGGAUUUGGUGCGAGUCCAGCGUCGACGGUUGGUAUGGCAGUGGUGAAUGAUUUGUUCUUCAAUUACGAACGCGGGCAGAAACUCGGGUUAUGGGUACUUGCCAUUGAUUCGGGCCUUCUGCUUGGUCCAGCCUUUGGUGGCUUCUUCAAUCUUCUUAGUGCUGCAUGGAUUAACUGGUUUAAUGCCAUUCUUUUCGCCACCCUACUACUCCUCGAGCUCUUGUUCAUGCCUGAGACCUUGUAUCCACGUAAUCGAAUGCUGCAGUCGACAUCAGGGUCGUCAACAGAAACAGGCAUAACAGCAGCAGCAGCAGCAGACCCGGAGAAAGCACCCUAUCCAACCGUAUCCUCAUUUAAAUCUGAGAUUCCCAGGACCAAGGGCCUGCUCUUCCUCAAUUUUCACCCCUUACCAGGAAUGCGCCAUCCCAAGCCCUGGGACUCGGUUGUCCGAUUCUUGCUCACAUUCCGAUUCCCUGUCGUCGUCAUCGCAGUUCUUGGGUACUCAUUUCUCUGGUAUUGGUGGGUUUUAUCCGUCAUCACGAUGGUACCUGCCGCAUACGCAUCGUAUACCCCAUUGGUCCAGGGAUUGCUGUUCCUGGGGUUGUUUGUCGGGACGCUGGUAUCUGAGAUCUGCUGCUCAGGGAGAUUGAGCGAUUGGCUUGUUGGUUUGUUGGCGAGAAGAAAUGGGAACGCUCGAGUGGCUGAGAUGAGGCUUUGGCUGGCGUAUCCUGCUAUUUUAGUCACGGCUGUCGGUUUGAUUGUUUGGGGCAUUAGUAUCGACAAGGACUACCACUGGAUGGUUGGUCAGGUGGCUUUCUUUCUCUUUGCCGCAGGAAUUCAGGUCGGAAACACAGUGACGAGCAGCUACAUCGUCGACAGCUAUCCUCUUCAGUCCACCAGCGUUGUCACCUUUUACGCUGUGUUUCUCAAUCUCAGUGCCUUUAUCAAUCCGUUCUUCAUUUCCUCUUGGCAAGCUUCAUCCGGCUGGACCUGGACAUUUACCGCGCAAGCACUCAUCGUCGCUGGGGGGGGAACAUUGGUCUUUGCCCUACUGCAGAGGUUCGGAGCGUUGAUGCGGGCAUCAGCGCCGUUGCCGUCGUGGGUCAAUCCGGAAUUUGAUUCGAGUAUGUAACUGUGCUUUGAGAACUAGAGAGAUAAUAAGCCAUGCUUGCCAUCAGAUUGAAUAUCUUGGUAUAUCAACAAAUUGGAUGCUUUCACAAAGAACAAGAUAUACAUUGGUCUACCAGACCUUUAACGCCGUUCACGAUGCGACAAGUCAAAGAAUGGACAAGAAUCGAACAGCUUAUUGCAAAACGCCUCAAUCCACCAUGCCACGCCUACCAAACGCCUUGCUAAAAAGAACAGCAACAAAAA